AGCCACCUUUGCUGUGACCAAAAAUGCACACCCCCCCACCCAGUAACACAGGCACAGCACAGUCAGAGACGCUCCUGCUCUACUUGCAAGGGGAGUCCCGAGACCUCAGGGCCACAGGCUCAGAGCACACCUUGGGAAGGGUGCCAUGAGACGCAACCACCAGUGGGUUCCCCCCCUUCGUGUUUGGCAGCAGGCGUCCCCACAGCAGGCUGUACCACGGUAUCAAGAGAGCACGCAGGCGCCAGGAUGGGUCUGCUGCUGCAGCAGCGGUGCACCGGGCACCUGCUGUGUGCACUGACCUUCCUUGAGGCUGCUGGAAACUUGGCCUUGAUGCUCUACGCGCUGCUGUGGGAAGCCGGGAACCCGGUCGACCGCCCUGACAAACGCAUUGGCUUUUACAACUUCUGCCUGUGGAACGCGACAGCUGGGGAGCUGCAGUGCCUGGAGUACAAGCAUCUGCAGGUGAUGGGCAUCAGCCUACCAGGAAUGGUGCUAGCCAGGGUUUGUGUGUACGCCUGCCUGGUCUUCAGCAUCUUCUACCCCGUUUUUGUUGCACACGUGCAGUGCAGAGAGGAGAGGGAGGGCUGGAAGGCGAUCCUCAUCAUACUCAUCAUCAAGAUGAUAAUCCUCUCUGGAGGCCUGGGUACGUUUCUUUUCCAAACCUCGCAGUGGAUUCACCUCUCUGAUUUCACUGGGGGCUUCCUGGCAUUGCUUGGGACUCAGGCUCUGCUACUGCUCCAGAUUCUCACUGCCACUUAUGUACCUCAGCUGGGCCAAGCAACACACACCCGGGUCAAAGCCCUUUUCCUGACGGGGCCCUGCCCGUCGGGAUUUGAGGGCGAAGAAGAUGCAAGCGCUAUUGAUAACAUGCUUUAAAACAGUAAUCCCGCUACAGCUUUAGUCACUGGUAGGAAUUUGAUCCUUAGUCCAAAGGCCCAUCUCCAGCCUCUGGCAAACGGCUGCGUGCAGUGCUCCUGCAGCAAGCAGGCAGCAGACACCAACACCCGCAGCACGGCGUGGAAGCUUUCUGGGAACAGCAGCGUGCAACACGCCCCUCGGCCUGGGGCACAGCAUCAUAAGCGACAGCAUUUCUGGCCCUGACCCAGAGGAGAGCGAAGGGGACGGAUCAGAACCAGCACACAGCGGACACAACCCUCUGGC